CCAAUAAAUGCUGGAAUAUUCCCAUCAGACGAGCAUCAGGAGGAGCUGAAAUCUGUCAAAGACUGAGUUUAUUAAAGAGGACAGUGAGAACAUGAGUGAUCCAGAACCCUGCAGAAUGAAACACACUGAAGAUACUGAAGAACAAAGAGAUAUGAUUAAAGAGGAGGAGGAGAGUGAAGAACUGAGUGAAGUGGAGGAGAAACAUCAUGUCAAACCUGGAGAAAAACCUUUGAGUCGCUCAAAAACUAAAACGUAUGUAUGCAGACAAUGUGGAAACAAAUUCCCAUACAAACAAAGUCUUGAUGUUCACAUGAGGAUCCACAAUGGAGAGAGACCAUUCACAUGUGAUCAGUGUGGAAAGAGUUUCUCAACCAAACAAAAUCUUAAGCGUCACAUGAACAUUCACAGUGGAGAGAAGCCAUAUGUAUGCAGACAAUGUGGAAACAAAUUCCUAUACAAACAAAGUCUUGAUGUACACAUGAGGAUUCACACUGGAGAGAAGCCGUUCACAUGUGAUCAGUGUGGGAAAACAUUUCUUGAUCCAUCAAGCCUGAAGAUACACCUUAGAGUGCAUACGAAAGAGAAGCCACAUUCAUGUUCUGUGUGUGGAAAGAGUUUUUCACGGCUACAAAAUUUACAGAGACAUCAGAAAAUACACACUGGUGUGAGAGAGUUCAUGUGCUUUGAGUGUGAGAAGACUUUUACUACAGGGGGCGAUUUAAAAAAACACCAGAGAAUUCACACUGGAGAAAAACCUUAUGAGUGUUCACACUGUGACAAGAGAUUUAACCGGUCAGCAAAUCUGAAAACACAUGAGAGGAUCCACACUGGAGAAAAACCUUACAAAUGUUCACACUGUGACAAGAGAUUCAGUUGUUCAUCAUCUCUGAAAACACAUGAGAGGUUUCACACUGGAGAGAAACCUUACAAGUGUUCACACUGUGACAAGAGAUUCAUUGUGUCAGCACAUCUGAAAAGACAUGAGAGGAUCCACACUGGAGAAAAACAUUACAAGUGUUCACACUGUGACAAGAGAUUCGGUCAGUCAUCAAAUCUGAAAACACAUGAGAAGAUCCACAGCAGAGAGAAGCUGGCUGCCAUAGAAUGGCCCACUGACUUGGCCGUCAGUAAGACGCAACUCCUGAAUAAGAUCUGCCACCACCUCAUCACUUUCCCCCAAGUCCUUCAGCAGGUCAGCUUGAUGCACACGCUUUGCAAACUCUGGAUUAAACCUGAGUUGACAGAGAAGGUUUAUACUGAGCGUUGUGAAACAUCUGAUCCUGAUCUAAACCAGACUCAGUGUGGAAAGAGUUUCAUGUACAAAUGUAAUCUUGAGAUUCACAUGAGAGUUCAUACAGGAGAAAGACCGUUCACAUGCAAUCAGUGUGGGAAGAGCUUCUCAACCAAAGGUAUUCUUGAGGUUCACAUGAGAGUUCAUACAGGAGAGAGACCGUUCACAUGUGAUCAGUGUGGAAAGAGCUUCACAACCAAACAACAUCUUGAUGUUCACAUGAAUAUUCACACUGGAGAGAGAUCGUAUAAGCUGUUCACAUGUGAUCAAUGUGGGAAAACAUUUCUUGUGGCAUCAAGCCUGAAGAGACACCUGAGAGUUCAUACGAAGGAGAAACCACAUUCAUGUUCUGUGUGUGGAAAGAGUUUUUCACUGCUGCAAAGUUUAAAAGCACAUCAGAAAAUACACACUGGUGUGAGAGAGUACAUGUGCUUUGAGUGUGAGAAGACUUUUAUUACAGUGAGCGAUUUAAAACUGCACCAGAGGAUUCACACUGGAGAAAAACCUUACAAGUGUUCACACUCCUUCAUCCCGGACUAA